UAGGGUAUAUUAUGUCUCAACAAUACAGUUAUAUUAUUUCUACGUGUUGUACGCAAAGGACCAUUGAGGUGGACGGACAUUACAAUCCACAAGAACCUGCCACGUGUCAAACAGAAGCACCAUCCAAAUUUAAAAGCAAAAUUUUCAUUUUCCAACCAAAAAAAUCUGGUUUUCUCUGUACAGCUCCCAUACGUCUCAACCCCUCAUGAUUAUGACUAACCGGAAACGUUACAAUCAUAUGCAUAAUUUGGUCUAUACAUAGCUGUUUCCCCCAAAAUUUAAUAGCUAUACUAUAUAGCCAUAAUUUAAUUUGGAUAUAGGCUUGUUAAAUUUUUUCUUUUUUCUGAUUCAUUCUUUCUUUACAAGAAAAAAAAAAUUAUAGAGAAGAGAGGGUGUUCUUUUUAUAUCUGUGAUGUUCAGGCCGGCUUUUGUGUAUCUGAAAUUAAUUAAAUCUAAAGGAUACCUGUGUGGGAACCGAUGCAAGAACUCUGGGUGUUAAAAUAGUUUUGAUUAUGUAAUUGAUUGAAACGUUUUUAUCAUAUAUAUAUACAUAGAUAUAUAGGGGUUGAGGAGCGAUGGGAGCUGUAACGUCGUCAAUGGCGGCAAAGUUUGCAUUUUUUCCGCCUAAUCCGCCGUCGUAUGGGGUGGCGGUGGAAGAAUCGACGGGAAAACUUAAGAUGACAGAGGUGGUUCAAGGGGAACAUGUGGAUAUUUUGAAGCUAGGGACGAAGAAAGGGACGGAGAUUAUGGCUAUGUAUGUCAGGAAUCCAGCUGCCAAGUUGACCGUGCUUUAUUCUCAUGGAAAUGCAGCUGAUUUGGGGCAGAUGUAUGAUUUGUUCACCGAACUUAGUCUUCAUCUCCAGGUCAAUUUGAUGGGGUAUGACUAUUCAGGGUAUGGACAGUCCACUGGCAAGCCAAGUGAGCAGAACACUUACGCUGACAUAGAAGCCGCAUAUAAGUGCCUUGAAGAGACAUAUGGGGCGAAAGAGGAGGAUAUAAUAUUAUAUGGACAGUCUGUUGGUAGUGGACCAACAUUAGAUUUGGGAUCCCGCUUAUCAAGAUUGAGGGCAGUGGUUCUACACAGCCCGAUACUUUCUGGAGUUCGCGUCUUGCAUCCAGUAAAGCGGACAUACUGGUUUGACAUUUAUAAGAACAUUGACAAGAUACCAUCGGUCGAAUGUCCAGUCCUCAUUAUUCAUGGCACUGCAGAUGAUGUUGUGGAUUUUUCCCAUGGUAAGCAGCUGUUUGAUCUAUGUAAGCAAAAAUAUGAUCCGUUGUGGGUUGAAGGAGGUAACCAUUGUGAUUUGGAGCUCUACCCCGAGUACAUAAAACAUCUGAAGAAGUUCAUAUCUGCUAUUGAGAAAUCAACGGUUUCUACCAAUGGAAAUGCACAAAGUCUGGACCAAAUAGAUAAACCUUGAAAAGUCGAGAUAGCACAGAUAGUAAUGCAAACCUUGCACAUACCAGACAGAGAAAUCUAGAUCAAGUACAGAAAAGAGAGUAAAAGCAUACCACUAAACACAGAUCGGAGAGGCAUUUCCAGAGGUAGCAUCGACGAGAAUGAAAAGUUUGGCAAGAAUAUGGAUUCAGAACCGCCAAAGAAAGCAAGAAACAACUUUAAUCAGACAUAUUAUAUCAGCUGGCUAAGGGUGUUUUGCAUCUUUUGUUUCCUCGUACUAAUUAGCAUAAUCUUGUAUAAAAUAUGAAUGCAAGAUGCUGCUGGUGGCGAUUUUUUGUUAAUAUUACGAGAUCAGUCGUAUUAUGCAAUUUCAACUGCUUCAAGAGUGUAGAAUUUUCCAACUA